GUCACUACGCGUGCGCAGCGGUUCACCUUCCGCCAUCUUGGAUUCGGAGCCAGGCGCAAGAUGCAGUCUUGGUGUCGUCUGUCGUCUCAAGCAGCCAGAGUGCUGAGAGUGUCCGGUGUCUCCCAGCGGGGACCGUCCAUUACUGUAGCAGGAUGCAGGCACUACUCAGAUGCAGCAGAGGCAGACCUGGUGGUUAUAGGCUCAGGACCAGGUGGUUAUGUGGCAGCCAUUAAAGCUGCUCAGCUCGGCAUGAAGACUGUCUGUGUAGAAAAGAAUCCUACUCUAGGUGGAACCUGUCUCAACGUAGGCUGUAUACCAUCCAAGGCCUUGUUGAACAACUCCCACCUGUAUCACAUGGCUCAUGGCAAGGACUUUGCCAACAGGGGCAUCGAAUUUGACGGCAUCAGGUUGAACCUGGAACAGAUGAUGUCCCAGAAGUCCACAGCUGUGAAGGCUCUGACUGGAGGCAUCGCACAUCUCUUCAAACAGAACAAGGUCACACACCUGGCCGGUCACGGGAAGAUCACAGGUCAGAAUGAGGUCACCGUCCUGAAGGACGACGGGGGUCAGGACGUGGUCAAGACCAAGAACAUCAUGAUCGCCACGGGGUCAGAGGUCACGCCCUUCCCGGGGAUUGAGAUUGAUGAAGAGUCUAUCGUAUCGUCCACCGGAGCCCUGAGCCUGAAGUCUGUCCCAGAAAGAAUGAUCCAGAUUGGGGCUGGGGUCAUCGGGGUGGAACUGGGUUCAGUGUGGGGUCGGUUAGGGUCAAAGGUGACAGCUGUGGAGUUCCUGGGUCAUGUUGGAGGGAUGGGCAUCGACAUGGAGAUCUCGAAGGGUUUCCAGAGAAUCCUGAAGAAGCAGGGGAUGGACUUCAAGCUCAACACCAAGGUCACCAGCGCUUCCAAGAGAGAUGACGGCGUCGUGGAAGUCAAGGUUCAGUCUGUGAAGGGAGACAAGGAAGAAACACUUGAGUGUGACGUACUGUUGGUGUGUAUAGGAAGGAGACCCUACACAAACAACCUGGGACUGGAGGACCUUGGUAUCCAGUUGGAUGAGAGAGGCAGAGUUCCUGUCAACUCCAGAUUCCAGACUUCUGUGCCCAGUGUAUUUGCCAUUGGAGACUGUAUUGCUGGACCUAUGCUGGCCCACAAGGCAGAGGAUGAAGGUAUCAUCUGUGUAGAAGGCAUAGCAGGUGGAGCUGUCCAUAUCGACUACAACUGUGUUCCUUCUGUCAUCUACACACAUCCGGAGGUCGCCUGGGUCGGCAAGAGUGAGGAGAUGCUCAAGGAAGAGGGAGUCCCGUACAAGGUUGGGAAGUUCCCGUUUGCAGCCAACAGCAGGGCAAAGUGUAACGCCGACACGGACGGUUUGGUGAAGAUCCUGUCCCAUCAGGAGACAGACAGGAUGCUGGGAGCUCACAUCAUGGGCCCGGGCGCCGGGGAGAUGAUCAACGAAGCCGCCCUGGCGAUGGAGUACGGAGCAUCGUGCGAGGACGUCGCUAGGGUCUGCCACGCACAUCCGACGUGCUCGGAAGCCUUCAGAGAAGCCAACAUGGCCGCCUACGCCGGGAAGCCCAUCAACUUUUAAAUGUAAUCCUGUCCACACUGAAACAAAUAUGGGAAUAUUGUAAAUUACUCCGUGUGUUACAGACAAUUUAUUUACGUGGUAUUCUUUAGGUGCAUGUACAUGAAUUUAG